AUGCCCAACGAUGCUAUCUUUGAGGGCGCUCCUGACGUGAGAAAAGAAUCCCAACGCUCCGAUGGUUACUCGAAGUUUGCGAAACCAUCACCCUUCACACGAAUUCCUCCAAAAUUCCGUUCCAGGUCACGUGAUAAGCGCUACAGUAACCGAGGCUAUUACGCUUCAACUGUUGCCGUAACUCUUGCAUGGACGUAUUAUUUAAACUUUGCGCGUCCGCAAGUAAAAUUCGAUCGAAGGUGGACAGGUUGUCCUCUCUGUCUCAUUGUCUUCCCUAUUUUACGUGUUUUAGAUUUUGGCGCACGUGAGUAA